CACAACCUUGAGACAUAGGUCUGAGGUUAGUGUUAUCAAUAUCAGUUCACAAUAACAAAAUACUGGCAAAUUCGCAAGAACUUUUCUCCAGUUAUUCUGUUACGGUUACUUUAACAGCACACUUACCAACGGCCAACUGUCUUUCACCCGGCUCUAGAUUUUCAAUACCUAAUCAUCCAAUAUGGAUGAAUCUGUUUACUUUCGACGCUUAGUAUUGAUUACUUUACUUUGUGUGUUCCCGUCAAUUUAUUGUAAGGAUGUGUGUGCAAAGAAAACUCCAUGCAGAUGUGAGUUUCCUAACGGCACGUAUAUUGACUUCACUCCAUCUGCUAAGAAUAUUGCCUUUAAAUCUUUGACAUCUUAUGAGCCACUGUCACGAGGUGAAGCAAGGCUUACCACUUUUUACUAUCAUCCUUGUCAUGAUAUAAUGAUGGAUACAAAGAAUUCUCCUACUUGGAACCCUUGUGACAAACCUUCGGCGUUGUGUUGGCAAUACAGCUCUUGGAACAAUACCCUUCCAGAUACUCUGACAAAACUUCAGGAAGGUUACGAAUAUAUUGGGAGCUCAAAUUAUUCAGAGUUUGCCGAGGACGGAAGUUACAUUAAAUACCUUAAUCCACCAUCGCAAACAUUAGUGUUUUUGGUUUGCGCUGAAAGUGACGACCGGUUAGAAAUUAAGGAUUUAUCGGACCCGAGCACAAUUAAAUUAAUAUUCUACUCAAGGAAUGCAUGUUUACAACCGGAUCACAGUAAAUUAGAUAUUUCCACCUGGAACAUUCCUUUAAUACAGAUUGCCUGUAAGACGCUACUCAGCAUGACUAACGCAGAGAAUUCGACGAGAACCACUACCGUGUAGGAAUAUUAAAGUUACCUGCGUAAUGCGUUAUCUAGGGAGAUCGUCGUUUUACAAGAAGCUGUCAUAAAUAAAACAAUACUACUCUA